CGUUUGUCGCUUACCUGAGGGUCGUUCGUACAGGCAAGCUGUCCGCCUCGGGUCGCAGCCUCCUGGAACUGGUUUACAAUGGCCCCGACGCUUAUAUCGGGGCUAACGCUCUCCGCAACGGCACUGCUCUUCAGGGCUGUUGCUCGAGCCCGUACCACCUCUUUCAACGUCCAGGGAUUACCGAUAUUGCUAGAAGCGUUGAAGGCCCGGGACGCCCAGCUGGAUAUCAAGGGGAAAGGAAAGGCUCUUUACGGAGUGGGAGAGUCGACAGACCUUGGAACACAGGGCAUUUUGACCGUCUGUAACCAUAAUUCAGUCGUGGAUGACCCCAUGGCUUGGGCUUCAAUGCCAAUCACCACAUACAUGCCCUUCGCGUCUCCAUCAAGCGUGUCACGAAACUCUCGCUGGACACUCGGUGCGAGAGAUAUAAUGUUCACAAACGCCUUUCUCCGCAAGUUUUUCGCCUGGGGUCAAGUGCUGGAUACUGAACGUGGAGGAGGCAUAUUCCAACCUGCCGUGGACGAGGCUAUCAAAAUCCUUCAGAGUGGAGGCUGGUUGCACAUCUUUCCGGAGGGAAAGGUGAACCAGCGCAAUAUCAACCCUGAGGGAGGACUGAUUAGAUUCAAGUGGGGCGUGAGCAGGAUCCUGAUGGACUCCAAAACCUUGCCAGAAAUAAUCCCCAUGUGGAUCUCAGGAUUUGAUACUGUCAUGCCCGAGCCCAGAAGCGUCCCGAAAUGGCUGCCUCGCCGAGGUGGCAAAGUGACGGUGACCUACGGUCAACCAGUGACCGAUCGUAUCAGACCCUUAAUAGACGAGUGGCGGCGGCUCGCCGGGAACCAGCAGGGGACAGUGGGUGUAGGAGGUGUGUGGGAGAAGCAGGGUUCGUCACCUUCGGGGCAAGAGCAGCGGAGGACAAGGGAGGCUGGGCGUUUGGCAGACGGACACGAACGGACACUCAGGAUAAAGAUCUGCGAGGUCUUGCAAGAGAGCGUGAGGAAGCUCGGCGAGGCGGUCGAAAGAGGAGAAGGCCGGUUUGAGAGAGGCGAGUGGUGUCAAUCUGUGGCUGGCAUCAAUCGUCAGAGUAAAUCAUAGC